AUGACUGCUGGUGAUAACAGUAUAGAAUAUGUCAAUCCUUAUAGUCUUUCUCAAACAAUAAACUCAGAUCUUAUAUCUAUACUUGAUCCUAAUGGAUCAACCACAUCAAUUAUCAAACCACAAUUAAAUUAUCAAAUCCCAAUUUUCAAAUCCAUCGAUGUUUCAAAUCUAAUUGAUUUGAAUAAUACUAAAAUCCAAACUCAAACAAAUGAAACUCGAAUUAAUAAAGCUAAAGAUUCCAGUGAUGACCACCAAAACAAUCCCCUGUCAAAAGAUUAUGACACUAGCGGGGAGAACAUUGUUGGAGGAAUUGAUGAUAUUGUUGAAGAUAUUAAAUUAUAUGUAUCUAUAGAUAAAUUAAAGCCAGAAAAUUUUCAAAAUCAAUUAACAACAAUCAUUAUUAAUCAAUUUCCCACUAAUUUGAAAUCAAAUUUAAUUGAACAAUUAUUAAAGAUGUUAAUGAAUUUGAAAAAAUUUGUGUGGUCGUUUAUUAAUCAUGAAUUAAUUGAUUUAAAACUAAUAUUUAUAAAAUUCGAUCAAUUAAAAGAUUUAAAAUGGUUUUUAUUAACUUAUUGUGAUCAUAUAUCUCAAUUGAUUCCUAAUGUUACCAUCAUUACUAAUGAUAAAGUCAAUGAAUAUUUAAAUAAUAACAAAGAUAGCUCAUUAGCGAAAGUUGAACCAAGUAAAAUCACUGAUAAUUUGAAGGCUAAAAUAAAUUUAAUAAUUAAUAAUCCAAUAAAUUAUACCAAGGGUAAAAAGAAUUCUGGGACUGAAGAUUUAGAUCAAGUUUUAGAUUCUUAUAGUAAUUAUAAAGUGGAUAAUAAUGAUUUAAUUGAUAUUCCUAAUAAUAUGAAAGAGAAUAUUAUUAAAGAUAUAAUAAGAUUCCGUUCAAGAAUGUUAUUGAUUGAAAAGGAACAACGAAAGAAAGAAAUUGAAAUGGAAAGAAUUAAAACAAAGAAUAAAUUAAAAGAAUUAUUUGAAGGUAUUAAAGAGAAUUCAACGGAUUCUACUACAAGAAAAGCAACAAAUAAAGCUGCUGUAGGAGUUACUAUUUCCCCUAAAGUAUCACAUCGAGAUGAAUAUGAAGAUAUGAAUGACAAAGAAUAUGAAGAAUUUAUUGCUGUUGAAGAACGUAAUAAAUUGAAUGAUCAAUAUAAUAAGAAAUUGAAAUCGUUUCAAAAUAAUCAACAUGCAGAAUAUAUGAAAUUGACAAAUAAAUUGAAAUCUUUACAAAAUUAUGAAUCUGAUUUAAUUGAUAAUAAAUUGAAAUAUAUUGAUAAUUUGAAAAAUUAUCAAACUAAUGGAUUAGCUCAUUUAUAUACUCAUAAUUAUAGUGAUUAUUUAAGAAUGAGAUCACAAAAGAGAUCAUUGGAAGAAACAAAAGAUGCUGAAGAUGUGAAACAAGAACUUGAAGAGAUUAAAAAGAAUGGUGGACAAGUUGCAAGUACAAACACCAACACCAACACAAAGCCAUCCACUUAUUCUUCUGGUGUAUCAGAAUUAGCCACAACAAGUGUUGAAACUCCUAAAUCAACAACAACAACAACAACAACUAACGACACUACUGAUGAACCAGUGGCUAAAAAAUCAAAACUUGCAAAAGAAAUCAUUAUCAUUGACUUACCACCAACGGUUAAACAAUCAUUACAAGAGAAAAUUGUUGAAUUGGUUGAAAAUUCUCUUGGUAUAAAAGAUGAAUUUUUGAUUCAAGUGAUUAAUGAAAAUCUUGAAGCUUCCAAUCUUGAUAAUAAACAAGAAUUAAUUGAUGAAUUGGUACAAGUAUUAGAUGAAGAUGCAGAAAGUUUGGUCAAUGAAUUAUGGGAUUAUAUAGAAACCAUGGUGUAA